AUGGCUAAAAAGUGGUCGAUUCAUCGAUUAGAUGUCAAAAAUGCCUUUUUACAUGAUGAUUCGAAGGAAACUAUUUAUAUCCAUCAAUCUCCGGGUUUUGUUGAUCGGAGAGCACCCUGCUAUGUGUGUCGACUUCGCAAGGGUCUAUAUGGGUUGAAGCAAGCUCCUAAAGCUUGGUUGCGAGAGAAGAUCAUAUCUGAGUUGCAAACUGAGUUUCCUAUGUCUAAUUUUGAGAUUUUAGAGCGUGCAGGUAUAGGCUCUUGUAAACCUGCAGCUACUACAGUUGACACUGAGUCCAAACUUAGUGUAGAUGCAGUGCAACAGGUGUGUCUUUUUAUGCAUGAUCCCAGGAAAUCUCAUUAUGAUGCUUUAAAGCGCAUUAUGCGCUAUGUUCAGGGCACCAUUGAUGAUGUCUUAUAUUUAUAUCCGUCUGCUUCUACUCGUUUGAUUACUUACAUUGACGCUGACUAG